AUGAUCUUAAAGGUGUUUUCCAACCUCCAUGAUUCUGAUGGACGGAGCGUCCCUGACAGCGGCCCCCGGGUCGCCUCCCCGCGCUCUCCCGGUGACACCGAGAGCUGUCCUACGCCCUCGCCUGCGGGGCCGUUUUUUUGUUGUUGCAGCGGUGCCUUGCUGGUUUUGCCAACUCUCCCCCCGCCAAAUCCUUUCUGCCGUGUUGAUGGUACGGCUGUGUCCGUGUGUGCCCGUACUGCCCGCGAUGUGUCCGGUUCCCCCCGGCCGCCAGCCCUGUCUCCGCUUGUCGGGGCGCUCACCGGCCGCUCCCCGCCUCUUCCCCCGCAGUGUGCCGUCCAGGUGAAGCUGGAGCUGGGACACCGAGCCCAGGUCAGGAAGAAACCCACCGUGGAGGGCUUCACCCACGACUGGAUGGUGUUUGUCAGAGGGCCUGAGCACAGCAACAUUCAGCACUUUGUGGAGAAAGUCAUCUUUCACCUGCACGAGAGCUUCCCCAGGCCGAAAAGAGUGUGCAAGGACCCACCCUACAAAGUUGAAGAAUCUGGAUAUGCUGGUUUCAUUUUACCAAUUGAGGUUUACUUCAAAAACAAGGAAGAACCUAAGAAAGUUCGAUUUGACUAUGACUUAUUCCUGCACCUUGAAGGCCACCCACCUGUAAAUCACCUCCGCUGUGAAAAGCUCACAUUCAACAACCCGACAGAGGAAUUCAGAAGAAAGCUGCUAAAGGCAGGAGGGAUGAUGGUAAUGUCAGAUGGCACAUCGUUUUCUUCAGGGCAGAGCCUUCAUCUCCCCAGCCUUCCCAGUAACUCUCUGUCUUUUUCUGAAGUGAAGAAGAAAUCAUCUCAUGGGCCAAAGGACCCAGCUAGGAUUCUGAACAUAAAUAGCAGCAGCAGUAGUAACAGUUUUUCAAAGACCCAGAAGUUAACAAAAGAGCACAAAGAAAAAAUUUCUAAAGACUCAAAAGAACAAAAAAGUGCCUUCAAAGAACCUUCCAGGGAACAUAACAAAUCUUCCAAAGAAUCCUCUAAGAAACCCAAAGAAAACAAACCACUAAAAGAUGAAAAAAUGGUUCCCAAGAUGGCCUUCAAGGAACCCAAACCCAUGUCCAAGGAACCAAAAUCUGAAAACACCCCCAUCCUUACCAUAACGUGUGGACAGCAGCAAGAAAAGAAGACUCUCACAAAAAGGCCCUCUGUGGUGGACACUGAUGAAUCUCCUGCAAGAAAAAGAAAAAAACCCAGCUCGGAUUCAUUAUUUAAAAGUUUUCCCAGUGCCCCACCACUGAUUCUUACUUGUUCAGCUGACAAAAAGCAGACAAAAGAUAAGCCUCAACUCAAGGUGGGGAGAGUCAAAAUUGAAAAUGAUGCACUGGAAAGGAAGACACCUACUUUGCCACCGUUUGAUGAUAUCGUAGAUCCCAGUGAUUCUGACAUGGAGGAAAAUGUCUCCUCCAAAUCUGACUCUGAACAGCCCAGUCCUGCCAGUUCCAGCUCCAGUUCCAGUUCCAGUUUUACACCAUCUCAAAACAACAGACAACAAGGUCCCUUGAGGACUAUAAUGAAAGAUCUGCAUUCAGAUGAUAAUGAAGAUGAAUCAGAUGAAGCAGAUGAGAAGGACAAUGACUCUGAGUUGGAACAACCUGUAAAUACACGAGGAGGAAGCAGGAGUCGCAGGGUUAGUCUGAGUGAUGGCAGCGAUAGUGAUAGCAGCUCAGCUUCCUCACCGCUGCGUCAUGACCCAGCACCACCUGUACUGAAAACCAGCAACAGCCAGAUUUUAGAAGUGAAAAGUCCAAUAAAGCAAAACAAAACAGAUAAACAAAUGAAGAAUGGGGAUUGUGAUAAGGCAUAUCUUGAUGAAUUAGUAGAGCUCCACAGAAGACUAAUGACAUUGAGAGAGAGACAUGUACUGCAGCAGAUAGUAAAUCUUAUAGAAGAAACCGGACACUUUCAUAUCACAAAUACAACCUUUGACUUUGAUCUUUGUUCACUGGACAAAACUACAGUCCGUAAACUACAGAGUUACCUGGAAACAUCUGGAACCUCCUGAGGAUUCAGCAUAUAGCUGCAUCGAAAACUGUUCUUUAAGUGACAUACACAGAAUGAUGCGAGCAAAAUGGAGGGGAAAAAAACAAAAACCUCUUCAUCUUUUAUUUUUCCUUCAAGCCAGUCUCUUGAUAAGGGAGAGAAAAAGUGACCAGACUCAGAGGACCACUCUUCUCAAGAAGAAAAUGCUCUGGAAGUUUGCCUGGAUAGCCUUGAAAAACACAGAAAAACAAACAAAAAUAUUUGUUCUUAAUGAAUGUGUAUGAUAUCA